ACGACUUUUCCCAUUUUAGACCAGGGGGAGCCCCUAGAGUGGCUUCUGUGUCCUUUUGAUGUGAUCUCAUUGUUCCUCGAUAACUUCCAUGUCUCUGGCAUAAAAUAUUCUAGGCUCAUCUUGUACAUUUCCUGCCCCAAACCUGGAACCAGCUAUGUUCCCUCCCUCCCUUUUACAAAGGAAACUACCCGACGCCUCCCACCUUCAACAUGGUAGAUCUCAGAAUGGUGCUGUUUCCAUGACACACCAACUCUUCAGUCAGAAGUUCUAAAGAUACCUAAUAAGGAACCAUUUCUCUUCCGAGCCCAUGGCUGAAAAGUUGUUAAUAAGAGCACUGAAGGGUGGUAAAAGCACUAAAAUUGUCACCUUAAAUGGAAAGAAGAUGACAAAGAUGCCCUCAGUGUUAGGAAACCUGCCUGGGCUGAAGACACUGCGCCUUCAGAAUAACAUGAUCCCCAGCAUGUGCCCAGAGAUAAGCGCCUUGACCCAGUUGACGGCACUAAAUCUGGGAAACAACCUUUUAGAAGAAGUUCCAGAGGAGAUGAAAUACCUUACAUCUUUGAAGACGCUCCAUUUGUUUGGAAAUAGGAUUCACAGAUUUGCAUCUGGAGCAUGUGAUGGCUUACAAAACUUGAUCCUGCUUAAUCUGAACAACAACCAGCUCACGUGGAUUCCUCAGGAAGUCAGCAGAUUAAGAAGCCUUACAUAUUUGAGUAUAAAUCAUAACCAGCUAGCCAGCAUUCCUAGGGAACUUUGUUUCCUUAAGAAUCUUUCUGAACUUCAGCUUAACUACAAUCAGCUCGUUUGCAUACCCGAAGAGAUUAAGUUUUUGAAGAAGCUCCAGAAGCUGCUUCUGGUCCGGAACAACAUUGAAUCUUUGCCAGAGGGACUUUGUGAUCUUCUAAACCUAAGAAUCCUAGACAUAGCUGGAAAUGUUAUUCAAAUAUUUCCACCAGGAUUUCAAAAUCUGAAGCUGAGAGAGUUCUACUGUGAGGGAAACCCACUGUUCCUGAAGAAGCCGGUUCAUGCUGUCAAGCAGGAGGACAUCUGGAGUUUACAGGAAAUAACGUCAAGAUUUAUAAUGAAUCAGCUAGCAGAAGAGAAUCAUUUCCUAAUGCGAGCCAUAGAAUGGUACCCGCAGGUCAGGAGCAUAAUCUCUCAGGGAAGGAAAUGUGCAAUAUGUGGAAGGUCCUUUUUAACCAUAUGGCUGGAAUGCGUUGAAUUUUUUCCUCCAUCAAAGAACUGGAAAAUAAGCAGAAAUCUACAGCUGGUCCCUCUUCGAAUAUUAAUUUGUUCUUAUAAAUGUUUUGAUCAACGUGACCCUAACCUCUUUGGAAUUGCUCAAGUGUAGAGCAGGUAAGAAGCUCACUUAGAGCCUCUCAGGACUUGCGCUGUGAGCUCUGCACACACAGUCA